UCUCUUUAUUUUUAAAGCGGAACCUUUUUUCAGACACGAGGGGACAUUUUACUUGCGAACACCAGCAGCUUCCGGUUGUAUUUAUUUUGAAUUUUCGACGCCAAAGUGAAACAAGGAGACUUUCAGGCUAUCAACUUUUUAUUACACCUUUCUGUGUGUAGAGUGAGGAAAGCGUCAGACCUGUGAUCCACUCGAAAGGUUCUGCGUUUUAUCGUUUUUUACUGUAAACUCUCGUCGGCUUCGUGGAUGUUGUUGGUCCCGAGCGGCAGCCAUGUCCACACUGUUCCCCUCCUUGCUGCCCCGCAUCACCGAGUCUCUAUGGUUUAACCUGGACCGGCCGUGCGUGGACGAAGCGGAGCUGCAGCAGCAGGAGCAGCAGCAUCAAACAUGGUUACAGAGCAUCGCUGAAAAAGACAACAACCUGAUGCCCAUCGGAAAACCCAUUUUCGAGGCAGGGUAUGAGGAGGAGGAAGAGGAGGACGACGAGGAUGAGGAAGACAGCGAGGAAGACUCUGAAGAUGAAGAGGACAUGCAGGACAUGGACGAGAUGAAUGAUUACAAUGAGUCUCCAGAUGAUGGGGAGAUCAAUGAGGUGGACAUGGAAGGACCAGACCAAGACCAAGACCAGUGGAUGAUAUAAAGAAUGAACAGUUUUUCAGUUUCAUCCGAGGCAUCUGCCUUUUCUCCUUUUUUUUAAAGAAAAAGUAGAGAGUCUGAUUUCUAACAGAAUAAAAGCAUUACUUUUAUUCCAUCUGGGUCAUAUAUGUCUUAUUUGGAGCUGCAGACCCCAGAAGCUCUUGAUGUCUGGACCCGCCAUUACCCUCUCAGAGACCUAUAAACACACUGAUGUGCUUUUGUAACUGUCAUAGCUAAGUGACAGCUGCACGCUGUGGUUCAGUGAUCCUUUAUUUAAACUUUGACCUGGUCGUAUCUUCAGUCAUGUGCCUUCACCGCUGAGAAACCAGAAACACUGCUGUGGUCAGCACAAUAAUGCAUCACUUAUGAGGAAAACAAAUGAAUAUAUAAAGUUUUUUUAGUUGUUUUAUUGCAGUCUUGUGAACUUUUAUUGCACUCUUUCAGUGGUGUCUUCAUCAAGUUACAAUAUUCUCUCUUCAAACUUUUAAAAUGAGUUUAGUUUAGUUACAGUGAAACUUGUUAAAUGAUACACCAGAACACACAGAACCCAUGUGAAAUUCCUCCUGUAUAGUUUAUUUAUAAUAAACAUUGUUAUAAUAAAACCAUUUUGAUCUA